GAAGUUUGUUAUUUAUUUAAUUUUUGUUUAGAAGCGUGAUUUUUCGAAAACCAAACAAGCAAAAAUUUUAAUUGUAUUUUCUAUUAAAAAUUUCUGCUCUUCCAGUUUAUUACAAACAAAUGAUCAAAAUGAAAUGGUUACCGAAGCAUAACACUAUUCUUUAUUUGUGUGGCAAACGAUAUUUCUCAACAGUAAAAGUUACAAAUGAGUCUAUACGUAAGAUGAAAAACGAUAUGUUUUCUGAAGAGAAAACGAGGCAGCAAUCACUAAUCACUCGAAUAGAAAAGAUUGAAGUUAAAUACAGAGGUGUACCAUCGGACUGCACUCUCAUAAUGAAUAAAAAUAUGUCUACUCCAUACAACUGUGCAAUGCACAUGCAUGAAAUGCUUUGUCAAAGAUCAGUUCUUGCCGAAGUUAAUGGGCAGUUGUGGGAUAUGCAUCGACCCAUAACUGGAGAAUGUGAACUAAAAUUAUUAAAUUUUCAUACUGCACCCUCUGUUUUAAAUAAGGUAUUUUGGAGGAGUUGCAGCUUUCUCCUGGGCUUAGUUAUAGAAAGAGCCUUUAAAGAUGAGUAUUUUAUUGACCUCCACAGCUGGCCAAAACCAAAUGUAAAAAGUGGAAGUUACGUUUACGAUGUUGAUGUUGGCAUAUUAAAUUGGACUCCAACAGCAGAAGAACUGAAAACUUUAACAACUAUGCUUUGUAAAGUGGCAAACGAAGAUAAUAAUUUUGAAAUGUUAGAUGUAUCUGAAUCAUUGGCAAUGAAAAUGUUCCAGUAUAAUCGUUUUAAGAUGCAGCAAAUACCUCAGUUAGCUAAAGAAGGUAGUGUAAGAUUAUAUCGUGUGAAAGAUCAUGUUGACAUCAGCUAUGGCCCUAUGAUAGCAAAUACAAAGUUUGUGGGUACUACUCAAGUUACAGCUAUUCAUCGUUUAGAUACAGAAUCUGGAUAUAGAUUCCAAGCUGUAUCAAUACCUAAACAAUUAACCUUAAACAGUUUUGCUUUUAGUGUAUUAGUGGACAGAGCUAAGAAACUUAAUGAAACUGGUCUAGCAUCUGAUUCUGAUGAAAAAAGUAGUGCAACAGCAUAAAAAAAUAAAUCAUUUUAAAUAAUU